AUGUCCAUACAAACAGAACGUAAGAAAAAGAAUAUGGAACCCAAUACCAUCGGGCACUCUCGGGAGAGAAAUUAUGCAAAAGAACUAGAAUCAUGCAGGCUGGAAAGAGUGCCUGUGGAAUAUGGAGAUUACCACCCCUUAAAAGCCACAACUGUUACAGAAUCCAGAUCUAAAAAAGUAGGCCGUAAAGAGAGCACAUCCUCCAGUUCGUCCUCCUGUUCAUCUAACUCAAAUUUGGAUCCUCUGAGCAGUGUUCUGGAUGGAACUGACCCCUUGUCUAUGUUUGCAGCAACAGCUGAACCAGUGGCUUCGAAUGUUGGUUCUAACAGGAAAAAGUGUGAGAAGGAAGACUACUUAGGAAGUGACUUUGAACCAUGGUCCUGCAAGCGAGGAGAGAUUUUGGCCAGAUACACAACAACUGAAAAACUUUCCAUUAAUCUCUUCAUGGGUUCAGAAAGAGGAAAGCCUGCUACUUUGGGGUCUGCAGUUUCAGAAAAAGUGAGAACCCGACUUGAGGCACUUGAUGAUCUCGAGGAAGGUUCCCAAAAAGAACUUUUGAAUCUGACUCAGCAAGAUUACAUCAGCAGGAUUGAGGAGCUCAACCAGUCUCUAAAGGAUGCUUGGGCCUCAGAUCAGAAAGUCAAAGCUUUGAAAAUAGUCAUACAGUGUUCAAAGCUUCUCUCUGACACAACAGUCAUCACGUUUUACCCAAGCAAAUUUGUAUUGAUCACUGAUAUUCUGGACACCUUUGGAAAACUUGUUUAUGAGCGCAUUAUGUCAAUGUGUAUGGAUAACCAGUCAGCUUUACCAGCAAAUUUCACCCCUGACCAUGUGAAUGAAACUGCAAAGGAGACCUGUUUGAACUGGUUUUUCAAGAUUGCUUCUAUACGGGAGCUUAUACCUAGAUUCUAUGUGGAGGUAGCGAUACUGGAAUGCAACAAAUUUCUUUCCAAAACUGGAAUAUCAGAGAGUCUUCAUCGGUUAACCUCCAUGAUAAAAGGCAUUGGAGACCCUCUCGUAUCUGUGUAUGCUCGGGCAUACCUCUGUAGGGUGGGUAUUGAAGUGGCUCCACACCUCAAGGAUAAUCUGAAUCAAAAUGUUUUUGACUUCUUACUAACCUUUAAGCAGAUUCACAGUGACAUGGUGCAGAAUCAGCUGGUGAUUCAAGCUGUAGAGAUUCCUAUAUACCUCACACUGUACUCUCCUGCUAUAGAUUGGAUGCUGAAGUGCAUUACGUAUCGUGCCCCAGAGGCUCUACUGACUGAAAUGAUGGAGAGGUGUAAGAAGCUGGGAAACAACGCUUUAUUGCUGAAUUCAGUAAUGUCGGCAUUCAGGGCUGAGUUUAUUGCUGCCAGAUCGAUGGACUUUAUUGGAAUGAUCAAGGAAUGUGACGAGGCUGGAUUCCCUAAGCAUCUACUGUUCCGCUCUUUGGGAUUAAACUUGGCUUUGGCUGACCCUCCGGAAAGUGACAGACUGCAAAUUUUAAAUGAAGCAUGGAAAGUGAUUACUAAGUUGAAAAUCCCACAGGAUUACAUUAACUGUGCAGAAGUUUGGGUUGAAUAUACUUGCAAACAUUUUACGAAACGGGAGGUGAACACCAUCCUGGCUGAUAUCAUUAAACACAUGACUCCUGAUCGGGCAUUUGAAGGUGCAUACCCACAGCUUCAGUCUGUAAUUACCAAAGUUAUAGCAUAUUUCCAAGACUUCUCAGUCCUUUUUUAUGUGGAAAAAUUCCUGCCAUUCCUUGAUAUGUUUCAGAAAGAGAGUGUUCGAGUAGAGGUUUGCAAGUGCAUCAUGGAGGCUUUUAACAAGCACCAACAGGAAGCAACUAAGGAUCCUGUCAUACUGAAUGCUCUGCUCCAUGUCUGCAAGACACUGCACGAUUCUGUGAAUGCUCUGACACUUGAGGAUGAGAAGAGGAUGCUGGCCCAUUUAAUUAAUGUUCUCAUAAGAAUGGGUGGCUUGCGAACACCACCUCACUUCUUUUCGGGCCUUGCUGCUGCUUUUCAAGCUCUGAAGCACAGUUCAUCCACCUCUAAGACCACAUCCCAGACUGUUAAAUCCACCACUCAACUAGACUCCAAUUCUCUAGUUUUCCAGCCCAGCCUGCUCCUGUUCCAGUCUCUAGUUUUCCAGUCCCGCCUGCUCCUGUUCCAGUCUCUAGUGUUCCAGUCCCGCCUGCUCCUGUUCCAGUCUCUAGUGUUCCAGUCCGGCCUGCUCCUUUUCCAGUUUCUUGUGUUCCAGUCCAGCCUGCUCCUGUUCCAGUCUCUAGUCUUCCAGUCUCUAGUGUUCCAGCUCAGCUUGUCCCUUUAG